CCUUCCCCAGAGUGAAAUCGCAACCGCUUCAUUUGCUUAAACUCCCUUGUCGGGCUCACCCAUGCAGGGUGUGGUCUUUUCUCCUUACGGAAAACCGACUGAAUACGGGGUCCUUUGCAUUCAGGAGUACAGAAACAGCAACACAGCGAAGUCCAGUACGUGUAAGAGCUUCAUGGGCUUAAAGGACCCGCUGGGGCAGGACCUCAGCCACCUCUACGCGGACAGCACGGAGCCACACGUAAGUGCAGCCGUGCCUUGGCCAAUGGUGGAAAACUCAGCGAUGGAUACAGCGCACGCCCAGAAGGAGGAAAAGGAGGCGUCAGAAGAGAACCUGAGCUCUGGAGACUCCGACGGGAGCGCACACUCCGAUCCUGAGUCAGAACCGUCGAGUGGCAUUUCAGUUGAGCCAUGCUUGUUGACCAAGACUCACAGACAAUUGUGUAGGUCUCCCUGUUUAGAGCCUCACCUGCUCAAACAUAAUGAAAUUUUGCAAGACAUUAAACCUGAAGAGCCCCAGAUUCCACCCAAGGAAGUCAAGAAAGCCCCUGCUGUGGUGCGAGAAUACCAAACAAAGCUGGAGUUUGCCCUGAAGUUAGGUUAUUCUGAAGAGCAAGUGCAGCUUGUGUUAACCAAGCUUGGUACCGAUGCUUUAAUCAAUGAUAUUUUGGGAGAACUCGUCAAACUUGGAAAUAAGACUGAAGCGGAUCAAACGGUUAAUCCGAUUCCCAGUAUAAUGCGGGAAACGAAUUCCCUGGAAUCUCAGCGAUCGGAGUCCCCAAUGCAAGAGAGCAUAACAGAUGAUGGUGAAAAUCUGAGACCGAUCGUUAUUGAUGGCAGCAAUGUGGCGAUGAGCCACGGAAAUAAAGAAGUGUUUUCCUGCCGAGGAAUAAAACUGGCGGUGGAUUGGUUUUUGGAAAGAGGCCACAAAGAUGUUACAGUUUUUGUUCCUGCUUGGAGAAAGGAGCAGUCCCGCCCUGAUGCUCUUAUCUCAGAUCAGGAAAUUUUGCGCAAGUUAGAGAAGGAGAAAAUCCUCGUGUUCACGCCAUCCCGGAGAGUCCAAGGGAGGCGAGUGGUGUGCUAUGACGACAGGUUCAUUGUGAAGCUGGCUUUUGAGUCCGAUGGCAUAAUCGUGUCCAACGAUAACUACAGGGAUUUGGCAAAUGAGAAGCCGGAGUGGAAGAAGUUCAUAGAUGAGCGGUUAUUAAUGUAUUCAUUUGUCAAUGACAAGUUCAUGCCCCCUGACGACCCUCUUGGCAGACACGGCCCAAGCCUGGACAAUUUCCUCAGGAAGAAGCCUAUCGUUCCUGAACACAAAAAGCAGCCUUGUCCAUAUGGAAAGAAGUGUACCUAUGGACACAAGUGCAAAUACUACCAUCCCGAGAGGGGCAGUCAGCCCCAGCGGUCAGUGGCUGAUGAGCUCCGCGCCAUGUCUAGAAAUACAGCAGCCAAAACUGCAAAUGAAGGAGGACUGGUGAAAAGCAACAGUGUACCUUGUAGCACAAAGGCUGAUAGCACUUCCGAUGGCAAGCGAGGUGCUCCAAAGAGGCAGUCAGAUCCGAGCAUAAGGACUCAGGUCUACCAAGACCUAGAGGAAAAGCUUCCCACCAAAAACAAACUGGAAACCAGGUCUGUACCCUCCUUGGUUAGCAUACCAGCCACUUCUACUGCAAAGCCCCAAAGCGCCACAUCUUUAUGCAAUGGCCUUCCAUCUGGAGUUCAUUUCCCACCUCAGGAUCAAAGACCACAGGGACAAUAUCCUUCAGUGAUGAUGGCAGCCAAAAACCAUGGCACACCAGUGCCUUAUGAACAGUAUCCCAAGUGUGACUCCCCUGUGGACAUUGGCUAUUAUUCCAUGUUGAAUGCAUAUUCCAAUCUGAGCAUCUCAGGCCCACGAAGUCCUGAAAGGCGUUUCUCAUUAGACACAGACUACAGAAUCAACUCUGUAGCUUCUGACUGCAGUAGCGAAGGCAGCAUGAGCUGUGGGAGUAGUGACUCCUACGUGGGCUACAACGACCGCUCCUAUGUCAGUUCUCCCGACCCGCAGCUAGAGGAGAAUUUGAAGUGUCAGCACCUGCACCCUCACAGCCGCCUUAAUUCCCAAGCUUUCCUGCAGAACUUCCACGACCCUUUGACCAGAGUGCAAAGUUACAGUCACGAAGAACCAAAGUUCCAUCACAAGCCACCUCUGCCGCACUUGGCUAUGCAUCUGCAGCACCCCGCUGUGGGUGCCCGGUCCAGCUGUCCUGGCGAUUACCCCUCUCCUCCAAGCUCGGCACACUCGAAGGCACCACACCUAGGGCGGUCCUUAAUGGCCACAAGAAUAGACAGCAUUUCUGAUUCUCGACUCUAUGACAGUUCUCCUUCAAGACAAAGAAAGUCUUACUCCCGCCAUGAAGGGCUGGGAAGCUGGGAUAGGCCGAGUUAUGGGGUGGAUGCAUAUGGGUAUCGGCAGACUUACUCCUUGCCCGAUAACUCUACCCCACCGUGUUAUGAACAGUUUACCUUCCAGAGCCUGCCGGAGCAGCCAGAGCCCAGCUGGCGAAUACCAUACUGUGGAAUGCCACAAGAUCCUCCGAGGUACCAGGACAACCGAGAGAAAAUUUAUAUCAACCUGUGCAACAUCUUCCCGCCUGACCUUGUGAGAAUUGUCAUGAAAAGGAACCCUCAUGUGACCGAUGCCCAGCAACUGGCUGCAGCCAUCUUGGUGGAGAAAUCGCAGCUGGGCUAUUGAAAGACGAUGCAUCUUUGUGGUGUUUAGUUUAAUCGUUGUUUUGUUCAGCUCAAAUGCUGAGGGAGGUUUGCUACAAUAGCACAUGUGAUCUCCUUCUCAGCAAGGAGGUUCUAUAGUAUCCAUUUAUGUGAAAUACUGUAUCAUGGAACCUGUAUGUACAGCCCCUCAUGGUGGAAGUAUCCUGGGAUCGCUUUACAUCCAAACUGUUUUUGUUUUUAACAUUUCCUUUUUAAAGCUAUAUCUUCGACUGGACAUUUAUCCAGUUUGAUUUAGUAGAUGUAUCUGUGACCUUUGAUAUUGACCUUUGGUGCAUCAGGGGUUUAUAUGCGGCACUUUUUAUCCUUGUUUCAUGUUUUACUAACUUAGUCUUUGUCUAUCAAUGGCAAGCAAUUACAAUACCUUCAGAACGUGGAACCUUUCACUAGACCCAGCAAAAUAUUUUUUCAAGCCAAGCUUAAUUAGAAUCUUUUACAGCUUUUUAAGUUAUUUUUAUUUGGGGAAAGUGGGUUUCUUUGUCUUAUAAUCAUUAUUUAUAGAAACAGAUAUACUACAGCACUGACUUUAUAUAUUAAAACCUAAGUUACCAAUUUAUGCUGAAAUGGGUAAAAUAUAUAUAUAUAUAUAUAUACAUAUACAUAUAUAUAUAUACACACACACAUAUAUAUGUAUAUGAGUAAUUUACAAUAUGGCACUUUUAUUGCUUUAUUUUUGUUUGGACUUUUUCUGAUAAGAAAUCAGUUAAUUUAAUGGUCAAUUUAAAAGACAGCAGAUGCAAUCAAUGGAAAAAAUUGUUUCCAUUUUUUUUUUUUAAUGAAUAAGGCAAAAGCCGUAACUGUUUCAGUUAGCGCUUUGUGAUCCAACUCUGAUGUGCUUCUGUAGAGGUGGAAUUGAAUUCCGAGAUUCCCCUUGAUUUAUAUGUUUGUGUUUUGUUUGGGGGCACAACGAUACUGGAGAAGGAACCCUUUCGCAGUACUUGCCUGUUUUUAAUGAAUCUAAUUAUUCUCAAUGCAAUUUUAUAUUUAAUAUACUCUAGCUUUCCUGCUAUUUAUCAAGGCUGGCCUGAAAUGGUUUGUGUGUUGAGGAUAUGCAACAUUUAUUGAUACUGCACUAUAGAAAUAGUGAUGGAGGAGUUGUAAAUGGUAACUUAAAAUUUUUGUAAGAUAGUGUAUAUUUUCCAUUUUCCUGAAGGUAGUUUUUUGGGGGCCUGUUAUAUUAUUAAGGCCAGACUCUUGCCACAAUAGUGUAGUUUUAGAUACAGACUACUGUCUGUUCUAGUAUUAGUAAGGGAUAUUUCUGGUUUCAAACUCAGGGGUUUUGCUGAUUGCAGCUGCCUUUCUGCAGACGAGAAGAGGGAUUUUGCAGUAGCGGCAGACAGUUGCACGAUUGAGAACUUGACAGUUGUUCCAGACUCUGAGUUUUGCGUAGUGUCAUAUACACAUUCAGGUCUGCUUUUGUAGUCUGCUUGGAUGUUCUAGUCAUUGGGAUUGUUCUACUUGCUGCAGUCGGAAGUAAAGCCCUGAAAAACCAGAAAGUACCUUUUACUGUUGAUACAAAUUGUAUCUUUUUAAUUAUAAGAACUAUUUUGAUUUGUAGAUCUAGUUAAAAACACAAAUGUGUAACUCUGAUUAGACUUUUGGGCAACAUUUUAUCCCUUAUUUAAAUACAAAUUUUUAAAAUAAAAUUGAGGUCUAUAAUAGAGUAGAAAAUAAAAGUAACAAUCUAGGUAAAUAAAAGUGUCUGUCUUAGUUUAUAUAAUAUAUUAAAAUAUAUUAAAUUUAUUGGCAUUUUCUUUCUUCUAAAACUUACUUAGUGUGAACUUCACUAAAAUAAAGGUAAAAUGCUGCCUGAAAAAAAUAAUGUCCAAGCAUCUUUGACUAGGAUAACAUUUUCACUACUUGUGUGACACUGUGUGUUGCAGGAAGUAGCACUUGGGUAUACAGUAAAUGCUUCUAAAAGGCAUUGUGCAUAUUGACAUAUCCAAUAAUCUGAACCAUGUUCAGCAAACUUAGUUCAGGAAAGGAAAGUGACGUUCUCCACGACGACUGCUGUUGCGCUUGGAGCGGGUGUGGCCCGCGUGUGCGCCCAGAGAUGAUGCGGGUGACGCCACGCAAACCAUCCUGCAUGGUGGCUGUCCGAGAGGGACCCUGCUCACUUGGGAAAUUGUUCUUGAUUUUUGUUGUUCAUUAUCUAUAGAACAAGUUGCAAUGUACAGGCAAAAAGAGUGCCAAAAACUAGGGUGGCCGUGUGUACGACCUUUCAUUUUAACCAUAUUUUAAGACAUUGUAGUGCGAAGUCACUGCUAAGUUAUACGUGUAGGUUUGGCUACCCUUGUCUUCAUUUUAGUAUUUAAUUAUUUAAGAUCGCUAAACCUAAGUGGUUUUAAAUAAGAUCUUAGGUUAAAUAACUAUGAUAUGACUUUAAACUUGACCUGCUAAUAGUUUAGUUGACUUGUCAUUUUUUUUUUCUUAGAAAAAUAACAUACACUGCCAUCAUGUAUACUGAAGUGAAUAGCUCUGAACUACCCAUGCCAAAAUUGUUCAGUUUAAUUAGCUGUGCAUAAGAGGUAGCAAUUUUCUUAUGUCACCCAGGACAAUUUGUCCCCCCUUCCUUUUUUUUUUGGAAGCACCAACAUUGCUUUCAGAGCUUGCAAAUGAGAUAAUAAGCUGACUUUAGGUACCGCAAAUUCUUGUUAUCGAAAGCAAUAAAUAAAAGGAGUCCAUUACUAAAUUAAAUCCAUAGCUGACUGCAAACCUUCAUUUAGCCAAAACCUUAUUCCUAGCCCUGAUCCUUCUUUACCAGACUUGCUAAUACAUAACCAAAACGAGGCGUGUUAAUAAGUAAUGAAGUUGCCAGAGUGGUCAGCUGAAAACAAUCAGUCUAGAAUAUUCUGGCCCUGAAUAAUGCACAGUUGGCUGUACUUCAGAUGGUAUUAGCCACUCCGUUGUCGCUGUGUCAAGGCCAGAGGAAGAGCCCCCGACUGGCCGAACACUAGUCCUCCGCAUCGCCUCAUUUCUUGUACGUGAUGCAGAUCUUUUCAGUGUCAGUUUUAUGAUCUCUAUCUCGAUAGAGUUUGUCAUUGACCUAUUCAUUAAAAGAAAUGCUCACCAAUAUGAAAUAUUUGAUUCUGGUGGAAACUUGAAUUUUGUGUUUUUAUGAAAACAAAUUUAUUAUUAUACAUAAUAUAACUAAAGUGUUUUAUAUAUAUAUAGACAUAUUUGUUAUGAAGUAAAAAUGGAGGGGUGUUUCCUUUGAUGACUAACAAUUUCUUGAUCAUACUGUUGUUUGAGUUAUCAAUGACCAAGUCUGGGGUCUGGAUGACCAAUAAGAUUUAGAACCACUUUAAUGGAAAGCAGUUCUUCACUAGUUUUAUUCCUUGUAUUUUUAAAAACUUAUUUUGAUAAUUUUAAUAGAAUGUGUAAUUUUAAAAUACACACAAGAACUUUAAGGUAGUAUUGAUUAUACAAAUAAUUAUUUAACUUGUCUUUUAUGGAUGUAUCUAUAUGUAAAUAGUAAUAUAUUUAUGAAACAAAUAUACUUUAUGUUGUAGUCCUUUGUGCCAUGUGGGAGCAUGGCUGCGUGGGUGGGCAGGUGGCUGGGGGUGACUGUGUGUGUAUGUGUUUAUGUUUUGAAACCUUGCACGCCAUUUUCCCCAAUUUAAUACUCUGAAGUGUAUUUGGUUCGGUUCUUUCUGCCGUCCAGUUUCCUUACUCAAUUCCCGACUGACCUAGAAUCAAGCGUGCUAGGGCUGGAGAUAAUGGUUAUGCUCCAAGUAUAUUGAAGAUGAAAACUCAGCUGCUGUGCUGUUGUUUCCAAAAUAGAUACCAAGAAAUGACAUGAAAUAUAAAAGAAGCUGGAAUGUAUGCACAGACUAGGAGAAAGUGGAAUGUCAACAAAAAGGGAAGAAGCUUAAAUUACUUUUAUUGGUCCAGGAAAAUCUCCUAGAGCAAGUGUUGGCAAACUUUCUGUAUCUUCAGAUGGUAAAUAGCGUUUGAGAAUCCAGCGGCCUCUUGAGAAGCGCUCACCCUGUAGCACAGAAGUGCCGAGGACAGUAUGUAAAAGGGUGUGGCCAAGUUCUAGGAAAACUGGGUUUUACUGGAAACUAGUAGGGUUGGUACGUGUGGCGGGGGAUCCCAAGAUGGAGCCCCACCUGGGGAACUUGGCCAAGCCUGUCACAGAAUUCAGAAGAGGAUCUAGCUCUGGGUAGUGGUCCUGGAUUUAAUCCUCAGGAGGAGGAAGUGGGGGCGGCACUGUACUGAGGGGAACAAGCAGCAGCGCGCAUUUGGCUGGUGGCUACUCCUGGGCACUGCCCCAGAGGAGGAAAAUGGCAUAUUAAACAGCAAAUUCUAGUACUAUAUAUGUUAGUGUAAGAAAUAAUCAUAUUUCAGCUGAUAUUCAAAGAAAAUCUGCUAUUUAAAAGAUAAUUGUGAGACAGUCAUGAUAUACUUGUCUUUUAACAGGUCACACCUGUUAUUUAUUAGAAAUAUUUCUUGUGUUUAAUAAGCCAAAAAAUCUGUAGAAAAGAUGUUUAAAAAGUAUUAACAUUUCUUAAUGAACUUUGUGUUUCUCUUGAUAAAUGGGAAUCCUUUGCCAGUCUUUUAUUAUUUUUUUUUUUAAUGACCUCAUGGACUACUGUUGUAUUUUAAAAGUAAACAUAUAACUAGCCACAUUUUUUUAAAGAUUCCAUUUAUAAAUUACCUUUUUCUGUUAUCUUUGGAACCUAAUAAAUGGCAUAUCUAUCUGCCCCUUUGAAAGAAAUAAACAUUGUAAUUUCAUACAUUUUAGCUCUCUGUAAAAUUAAAAGUUGUGACUGAUCAUAGCUUUAAUGGGAGUGUAUUUGUUACAUUGUUGUUCAUUGUAAGAAACAAAGUUACCUCUUCUUUCCCACGUGUGUAACCCUUAACACUGUCCGUGGUGAGUGGUGUUCUCAAUGAUUGUGUAAAAUGGUGAGUUCACUGGCAGUACACGCUGUUGAGUGUGUUCUUUCCCUGUGUUUCGUGCGUGAUGUUACAACAGUUAUGUCCACUUAAGUAAUUGUACUUUCUUAGAAAACUGGAAUACAACUCUAGCCUUUUUCCAGGGUUUAUUGUUUUCAGUGGCUCCUUCCAUUUCUUUAAUGUUCUCUGUAAGCUUGCUUGUUUAUCCUCUUAGAAUGUUAUUAUUAGAAAUGGCCUUUUCCCUAAGAUCCUGAGUCUUUUGUAUUUAAAACAACUUAGGACUUUGACCAUUUGCCAGUAGAAAGUGUCUAUGCAUGUUUUUAAUUUAUAAAAUUUGUGAAGUUUUCCUUCUUAAACUAUGUACUAAAUUUUCUGUCCAAGUAUUUCAGAUGAAAAACAAAAUGUUGAACUUUAAAGCUUUUCCACCUUUCGUUCUAAAGUGGCUUCUAUUAGUAAAGGAAAAAGACAUUGAAAAGCAGUGGCUUGUAUUUGUAAAGACUAUGUUUAGGGUCCCUUAAGUUUUUUAAUUGUAAUUUUUUACCUAUGUAAACCACUGACAAACAUGCAGACUUCUGCAGAGACAGUGUCUCAGUGCACGUGUACCAGGUUCCUGGUUUUAUCUUUUCCUUUUAGCUUAUUUUCUCCCAAAGCAUAGUUAUGUGCUGAUAGGAUUCUGCCAACUUCUCUUACAGGAAAAGUGGUGCAAAGAAUCUGUUUAGAGAAUCAGUGAGUAUGCUAACGCAAUUCUGUUUGUCUGUAUGGUUCUGUAGUGGAGUUCUCACAGUUCCAAAAGCAAUAUUUUAAACCUACUAGGAAUCUGUAUCAAAAUAGCUAGAUGAUUCUGCCAGUGCGGUGGAAGAAGUUAAAA